AUGCUCCAGAGAUGGUGCCUUGCGACUGUGACCCGCCGUGGGCUCAUGCUGGUACUGACAUGCGGUGGCCUGGUCCUCCUCCACCUGCUUUCCUGCAGCUUCAAAGGCUCGUAUCCGAUUCACAGGCCCUCCUCCUGGGUAAACAGGCCUGCGAGUGAGCCUGAGUACCAGGUGCUGCUUCAGGAGCUGGAGGAGCAAUAUCAGCACUAUGUGCACAGUCUGACCAAGCAGAUAUCCCAGCUGAAAGAGGCUGUGGCCCUGAGGAGCAUACAGCUGAGAGAGUCGCUGGGCCACUCGGCCACUGAGCUCCUAUCAGAGACUGAGGGAAACCCUUUAACAGGCCAGCUUAGCCUGGAAGAGUUUCUGCAGAGCCAGUUGAAUCGUGCAGAGGUUCAUGCAGGAGCCAAAGUGCCCAGUGAAUAUGCCCUGGUGCCCUUCGAGAGCUUCACCCUCCAUAAGGUGUACCAGCUAGAGAUGGGGCUGAGCAGGUUUCCUGUGGAGAGACCUCUGCGUAAGGACCGGCGGAAUGAACUGGUCAGCACUCUGGAGACCGCGCUACACAUGCUCAAUGCCCCCCGGGACAGUGAUGACCCCCAGCUGCGUAAAGUCUACUCCCCAUCUGAUUUCAUCGAGGGAAUCUACCGUACAGAGAGAGACCGUGGCACAAUGUACGAGCUGAUGUUUAAGGGAGACGGGCCAGAGGACUUCAAGAGGCUGGUGUUCUUCCGCCCAUUUGCCCCUCUGAUAAGGCUCAGGAAUGAACAGAUGGACUUGUCUGGUGUGCUCGUGAACAUGAUUGUGCCCCUGGCUAAAAUGACUGACAAGUUCAAACGCUUUAUGGUCAACUUCAGAGAUGUUUGCAUCCGCCAAGAUGGAAAGAUUCACCUAACGGUGGUUUAUUUUGGGAAAGAUCAGCUUGAAGAAGUGAGAAAAAAUCUUGAAAUGACAGCAAGAGAGACAAGCUUCAAGAAUUUCACACUGAUACAGCUCAACGAAGAAUUCUCACGAGGAAGGGGCCUUGAUGUGGGUGCCCGUGCCUGGAAGAAUGGAAAUGUUCUCAUGUUCUUCUGUGACGUUGACGUAGUCUUCACUGCUGAGUUCCUCAAUUCUUGUCGCCUGAAUGCUGAGCCAGGUAAGAGAGUGUUUUACCCAGUCAUCUUCAGCCAGUUCAACCCUCUCUACGUUUACGGCCAGCACGCUGCUGUACCUCUCACUGAACCGGUAAUGAAAAAGGAUACAGGAUUUUGGAGAGAUCUGGGCUUUGGAAUGACAUGCCAGUAUAGGUCGGAUUUCAUCAACAUAGGUGGGUUUGCUGCGAGCACCCGAGGCUGGGCGGUGGAGGACCUACACCUGUACAGAAAGUACCUUCACAGUGAGCUGCUGGUGGUGCGGGCCACUUCGCGCAAUCUACUGCACCUGUGGCACCCAAGCACCUGUUCUGACGACCUGCCUGAGCGGACUUACCACUUAUGUCAGCAGCGCAGGGCCACCAGUGAGGCCUCCCACAGCCAGCUGGGAAGGUUGCUCUUUCGCAAGCAGAUUGAGGAGCACCAGCGUCUCCAUGGCUUAUGAUUGCUGAAAGACAAGACAAGGACUGUUUCACCAUG